AUGGCUGUUGGUAAGAAUAAGAGACUAUCCAAGGGUAAGAAGGGUUUGAAGAAGAAGAUUGUUGACCCAUUCACCAGAAAGGAAUGGUUCGAUAUUAAGGCCCCAUCCACUUUUGAAAACAGAAAUGUCGGUAAGACUUUGGUUAACAAGUCUACCGGUUUGAAGAGUGCUGCCGAUGCCUUAAAGGGCAGAGUCGUUGAAGUUUGUUUGGCUGACUUGCAAGGUUCUGAAGACCACUCUUUCAGAAAGAUUAAGUUAAGAGUUGAUGAAGUCCAAGGUAAGAACUUGUUGACUAACUUCCACGGUAUGGAUUUCACUACUGAUAAAUUGAGAUCCAUGGUUAGAAAAUGGCAAACUUUGAUUGAAGCCAAUGUCACCGUUAAGACCUCUGACGACUACGUCUUGAGAGUUUUCGCCAUUGCCUUCACCAGAAAGCAAGCUAACCAAGUUAAGAGACACGCUUACGCUCAAUCUUCUCACAUCAGAUCCAUCAGAAAGGUUAUCUCAGAAAUCUUGACCAAGGAAGUUCAAAACUGUACUUUAGCCCAAUUGACCUCCAAGUUGAUUCCAGAAGUUAUUAACAAGGAAAUCGAAAAUGCUACCAAGGAUAUCUUCCCAUUGCAAAAUGUUCACAUUAGAAAGGUUAAGUUAUUGAAACAACCAAAGUUCGACUUAGGUUCUUUGAUGGCUUUGCAUGGUGAAGCUUCUGGUGAAGAAAAGGGUAAGAAGGUCUCUGGUUUCAAGGACGAAGUCUUGGAAACUGUGUAA